GUUACGCGAUGCUGUCCUGCGACGUCAUCAUCUCGCGACUCUGCCGGACAGACUUCUCCAUGUGAGCAGCUUUCAUCAAAGUUAUCGGGGAUUACUGAACCAAUGGCCGGCCGACUCUUGGGCAGAUACGCCCGUCUGCUCUGCAGGGCCUCCUCCCAGGCUCCAGCUGCUGCUGCCCGUCUGCCUCCGCCUGUGGCUGGGCCGGCUGAGGUGCAGAGGGCUCAAGGAUUGCCAUGGGCCACAGUGAGGUUAAUGUGUGAGGGAAGGGCAGUUCUCCAGAAAGACACCUUUACCAAUGUGCCUGUACGCACCAAGCUGGAUGACUUGGUGGAUAAGGCAGCAGUGCCAGAGGACAUCCUGCUGGCCUGGGAAGAGCAUAGAGGUAAUGGUAAUCAGGCUGCUAGAGCCUUGAUAAAGUUGGUGGUAGAGUUCAAGAUUCCGAAACAAAAUCCACAACUGAUGACGGAUUCAAGGCUGCUGCAUAUGAUCAGUACCAUAUCUCAGCAGAUGAAUACAGUGUGGAACAGCAAUCUAGUGCCUGUUUUGCGAGCAUUCUGGGUUCUGGAAGUCUCCAAUAAACAACUUGGUUCUGUUCAAGCUGAGGUGUUGUGGCGAAUACGACGGCUAAACUACAGGCAGCUGAGCUACCUAGUAAAUUUGGGAGCAGGCAUGACCAGACAGCAGGAUGUGGAACUAGUGAAUGCUGCGUUAAAACAGCUGGAACUGCGCUGGACUGAAAUUGCUGAUGCUAAAACUGUCAGUGCACUAAUAUCCAAAGGAAAACGCAUAUCACCUACUUUGAUGGACAGACUUGAAGACAAGGCUUUAGAGAUCGCAGAGAGCUUUACAGCGGAAGAGAUCCGCAAAAUCUGUGUAUCUUUGGCAGCUCAGAGCCGCAGAUCUGUCCCGCUGCUCAGAGCUCUGUCCUACCACCUUCUCCAGAAGCAGUCGUCAGAGUUCACCACUCCACUGAUGGUGGACAUAGCUUUUUCAUACGGGAAGUUGAAUUUCCACCAUUCUCAGCUGUUUCAACGAAUUGCCUCAGAGACGUUACCCAGAGUCCCUGAGCUCAAAGCUUCCACUGUCACAAGCUUGGCUAAAUCACUGGGCUUCCUCAAAUGGCUCCACAUCCCUCUCUUUGAGGCCUUUGCUGAGCACUAUACAGCAAAAAAACAGAUUUACAACACCGUCCACCUCUGUAAUCUGCUCAUGACAUUUGCCAGAUUGGACUUCCAGCCCAGCAGAGGAGAAGACUUCUAUACCAUGGCUCACUCUAUGCUGAAGGACUCUCUCUCGGACCUGAAGCCAUUUUUGUACACAGAUGUUGUUUGGUCUCUGUGUGUGCUACAGCAGGCCAAGCCCCACUACCUUACCCCGGUCCUACAACAGGAUUUUGUUUCCAUAGUGUUAGCGGGCAGUCCAUCUCAAGCGGAGAACUAUAGGCUGAAGCUCCUCCACAUUGCUGCUACUCUCAAGUUAGAGCAUCCGGAUUCCUCAAAAUCUAAAUGCUCCUUGAGUGCCCUGCCUGUGUUGGCCAGCAGCUCCCCCCUCUCCCCCCUACAGAGCAGUCUGAGAGAGGCUUUACAGGAUUUGGUGGGUGAGAAAAAAGAGGCCCUUCGCACUGGGGUUGACACUGUGUAUGGAUGGACUAUUGAUGGAGAGAUGGCCGUGGAUUGUGACUACAAACCGAUUGACAUCUCAACACUGAAAGCCCCUCAUCUACCCAGUGGAGGAGGAAACCAGGCUUUACCUGUAGGGGCCCGGCGGCUUGCUUUCUUGGCUUGGGAAUUUCCAAACUUUGGCUCAAAGACUAAAGACCUUCUGGGACGCUUUACCAUGAUGAAGCGCCAUCUCCAGUUGGCUGGCUUCAUCACAGUGGAGGUGCCAUAUUUUGAGUGGUUCGAGCUGAAGACAAGCUGGCAGAAAUUGGCAUACCUGAAGGACAACAUUGGGAAGGCUGUGGCUGAGGACAUGGCCAAGUAAACCCAUCAGUCUUGAGAAAAUUUGCAGACUCAGUUAAAUCAAAGCUUUCCCAACCAAAUGGGACCACGAGGAAUACACAUGUACACCUACGUUCACACUCGCAGCAUUGCAGAAAAACUCUCUUAUACUUUGUCAGAAAAAAAAAAAUCAUAUUUUUACUCUGGUUCCCUUGGAAACGUGUGGGGCUUUCCCUGUUUCCAUGGUGAUGACGAGCAAGUGUUUUGGAGCCAGAGAGAGACAGAAAUAAACACAGCAGCGAGUCCUUCAGUAGAAAUGACCGACGGAUAGUUUUUGCAUCUGCAAGUGACAGUGAAGCUGAAGCACCUGGGCCAUUUGUAAAAUAUUGGCCAAGACAUUGUGCUCAUUAUCAGCAUGUGAAUAGAUAAGAAUAACUUAAUUAUCUCUGUGAAUAGGUGUCUUCUUGUGAUGGAAUAAAGUGUUUUAUUGCUAUUGUU